GACAGUGGCUGGUGAAGUGUUUGAGUGACCAGUAAAAUAAAUAAAUAAAUAAAUAUAAAAUCGUUAUCUCUGGCUAGUUGAAAAAAAAAGUCUCAAUUUCCACCCGUUUGAAACCAACGCCACGAACAAUGCUGAUGGUUCUGAAGAGUAAACGAUAACAGAGGGGACUUACUGCGGAAGGAUAAAACAAUUACGUUCACAUUUUAGCUACUUGUUUAUUUCUAGUCACAUUCAUUGUAGUGAUAUGUCACAGUGAGGCUUCCGUAGCCUGGGGCAAACUGAUGAGCAUGCGCUGUACAUCCAGUUGUUGUCAGUCACACAGAGUAAUAAAAUUGAGUUCUACAAGCUGCAUAACUGGUUCUUCAUAAAAGAUAGCCGUUCACGACAUUCAUGGUAUUACUUUUACUUAAAAAACAAUUCCGCGAAAUUAGCUGAAGCUAAGUGGCUUGAAGAAUUAGCCGUGAUAAUUUCGUUAAGCAAGAAUGCAACAAUGAGGAGCCAGAGUCUGACCCAGAGCAGGAGAAAGAAGACGGCGAACCUGCAAAAGAAAAUUUUAUUGUUACACAAUCAGGUCGGCAGCAAUUGUUAUCAACCAGAAAUGUAUUAUUGUCUUCGGUAGCAGGUUAAAAAGUUUGAUAAGUUGUGAUUUUUAUGUAUUGUAACGAUUCUGUGUUUUAGUUAUGCUGCGGUUCAUGUGGUUAUUUGUUAUAAGUUGCAUUGUGAUCCUUUUUGUUAUAUGUAGUGUUAAGGGCUUCCCCUGGCUGACUGCUGGCUCCCGCUCACAUGUGAUAAGCCUGUCAUGUGGGCGGGGGAUCGUUGGAGAGGGAGUACCAGGACCGGAAGUGGGGAGAGUUCAGAGGGAAGUUAGCAGUGAAGCUAACAGUUGAGUGUACCCCUUUGUAUGAGGCGUGAGCUGCAGCCUCAGAAAUAGCAGCUUGUACUUAUUUCUAAUAAACCCUGUUGGCGGGACUACAUCUGCGGUGUUGGCGUCAUUACAGUAUAUUUAAUGUCUCUCCUGUUUGUUUGUUUGUUUUACUUGUAUAAAUGUUCGCCUUCUGCUUUCCACCCAGGAGCUGUUACAACAAAGUUUCAGAAUCUGACCACAGGGUGGCGCAAUCAGUUUACGGUGCCCUAAGUUAAAACAAUUUGCAAAUAUGAACUUAUUUGUUGUUUUAUAUUAACAUUACAGAAACAUGUAGAACCAUACAAUUAGAGCAAAGCACUUAAGGCGGGAUAGAGACCUUGAUUUACCUUUUGCGUUCAAAUGAAAAACAUCGUCACUUUCAUAUCAAACAGUCUCUUUCAAAUGGUGCAACUUAUACACUGCAGAUCUGAUUAGCCACUUUGCUAAUUAAACUAUUUGUUAAAAUUUAUAUAGAAAAGCGAAAUCACAUAACAAAUACGUUAAUGUACAGUGGUCAUGGUAACGACUUCCCCAUGCAACAGUGUGAGGGAUGCAGAGAGCAGUCAUCCGCGGGGAUCCAAGGAAGCAAAGAUUUCACCUGAAUCAUUUGGGUGCCAUCAUGCAGGAUCACAGGAAUGGUAUGAAGCCAUUUCCACCACCAGUCAGUAACGACAGGAUCAUCUCAGAAUUCCCUCAAUGCUACACUCCAGAGGCCUCCUUCCAGCUGAAGACAGACUGGGACAUUCAGACUAAAGCAGCCUUUAAACACCAAGCUGCCAGGCUGCAGACAUGGGAUCGCCAGAAAAUGUCUAAAGUGGUAGUUGUCGGAGACCUCAAUGUCGGAAAGACCGCCCUCAUUAAAAGAUUUUGUAAAGAUGUCUUUGAAAGAGACUACAAAGCCACAAUAGGAGUGGAUUUUGAGAUUGAGAGGUUUCAGAUAUUGGGAGUACCUUUCUCUCUUCAAAUCUGGGAUACAGCAGGGCAGGAAAAAUUCAAGUGCAUUGUAUCUACAUACUAUAGAGGCGCUCAAGUGAUUGUCACAGUGUUUGACAUGGCAGAUAUUCAAUCCUUGAAUCAUGCACGUCAGUGGUUGGAGGAAGCCAUGAGAGAAAAUUAUCCCAAUUCUUGUUUCAUCUUCUUGGUUGGCACCAAGACUGACCUUCUGCCCUCAGAUGAAAGGGAGAGAACUGAAAAAGAUGCGGUCCAUAUUGCAGCAGAGAUGCAUGCAGAGUUCUGGACACUUUCAGCCAAAACAGGGGAGAACGUGCAGGCAUUUUUCUUUAGGGUGGCUGGUUUGACUUUUGAAAACUGUAUAAUGAAGGACAUGGAGAAAGGUGUUCCAGCUAGUAUUGGCUGUGGGAAUGCUAUCAAAUCGGAUCGUAUCACUCUCGCAGAGGGCACAUAUCCCAAGAAGAACAUCAUUGGACCCACUGUUACUGGGACCCCACUAUGGAGCCAGGCCUGCAGGUGGAGCACACUGGCAAGCCCCUGGUGGCCAGGCCUUAACGCAUGGACCUCAGCCAGGGACAGCUUGAAGAGAAAACGUGGGCCCCCCUUCCCACCACCACCUGUGGGAGGGGCCAAAGGGGUCAGGGGCAGUGUGGGAUGGGUGAUGGCCAAGGGUUAGGACUUUGGUGGAAGUGGAUGGAUGGAUGGACAUAAAUUAAAACAUGGGUAAAAAUUCUAAGUAAUGCAGCUGUUUCUUAUAAACAAGGGUUCCAGUAUUUUUCCUCGAUAAGAUAAGAUAAGAUAAAUCUUUAUUGUCAUUGUCACAAGGACAACGAAAUUCAAAAGGUGCCAUCAGUCGGUGCACAUGCCCAAAAACAAAAAAUAACUGUCUCACAAUUCACACACAACGCAAGAAUCAACAAACAACCUGAACAAGCCCCUGACUGAAGACUCUAUUAGAGUAAUGCUAGGGGUUUUCAAUUAUAUAAUUAAUCAUUUUUAAUGUUCUUUGUUCACAAGAACAAAGUCGACCAUCUAUCGCCUGAAGAACAUCUCCAGGAUUAAAGGACUAAUGUCUCAGCCAGAUCUAGAGAAACUCAUCCAUGCGUUCAUC